AUGCAAUUGUAAUUUGUGUUUUUUGCAACAUUUGCCAUCAAACAUUGACAUUUUAUUGUAAAUUAAGUUUUUGUGACAUAAGCAACUGAAGACCGCGGAAGCAGGAAGUGAGACUGAGACCGUGAGAACUUCUCCUCGAGUGAUGAGCUGUAUCACAAAGAAAAUGUACAUGAUGAAGAUGCAGGGAGAAGAAACAUUGCAAUGUUUUAACAGAAGGACUGACAGUUUGAAGUUCAUUGUGUUUUUCCUUUGGCUCAUAACAGGUCCUGAAUGUACAACAGGUUCAGCAAGCAGACGGUUAACAGUUCAGACUGGAGGAGCGCUCAUUAUUCCAUGUUAUUAUGACCUGAAAUACAUUAAUCACAAAAAAUACUGGUGCUUUCAUGCCAAGUCAUAUUACAAUUACUGCAGUAUUCUGGCAUAUGCUAAUGAAACCAAAGGAAGAGUGUCAGUAAUUGAUCAUCCAGAUCAGAGUUUCUUUACUGUGACUAUGAGAAACCUGCAGCAUGAAGACACUGGAGCUUAUUGGUGUGUUGUGGAGAUUGAAGGAAUAUUUGACCCAGAUGAGAGUGAGCAGCUCUAUCUGACAGUUCAAUCAGCUCCUGAUGUGUCUGUGGUGAGCAGCAGUGUAUCUGGACAUGAAGGUGGUGAUAUCAGUGUUCAGUGUUUCUACAGUUCUGAAUAUCAGGAUAAACUCAAACAGUGGUGCAGAUAUAAAGAUCAGAGAUGUUACACAGUGGGGAGGACUAACACAUCCCAGAAUUCAUCAGUCCAGAUCAGUGAUGAUGGGAGAAGAUCCUUCACUGUGCUGAUGACUGGACUGAGACUCACUGAUUCUGGCUGGUACUACUGUUCUGCUGGAGAUCUGCAGGCUCCUGUUCAACUUAAUGUCUCUGAAUCUGUGACCACAGAAGGAUCUAAGAGAAACAGGCAUUAUUUGUAUCUGGAGCUGUUGAUUCCAGCGGUUGUGCUGCUGAUGGUGAUUGUGAUUGUUGAGUCAGCUGUAAAACUGAGAAAGAAGCACAACAGAAAUGAAUACAUCACAGAGGUGAACAGAGUUAGAGCCAGUGACACAGGAAACGGUGCCAGUUCAUCUUCAGUGCUUGCAGAGAAUGAUGUGACUUACACCUCUGUGAUAGUACAACCUAAAACUGAAGCAAGCAGUCCAGUAUCUGUGGAGGACGAGGUGACCUACAGCUCUGUGCACAAGUGGAAACCACUAAAUACCUGAACAAAAUAUGAAGAAGUGAAGUUGAAACAAGCCAAUAUAUAGUACAUUUCUCCAGGAAUACUAAUUCUGUUAAAAUUAUAUAUUUUAUCUCUCUGUCAAUAUAUUAGUGGCAUUGUGUAAGUAC